AGGCCUGCGUCACAAACAUGGCGGCCUCCAUGAACCCUGCUGUUUGGAGUUAGUGUCACCUGGUUCAGACAUGGCACGCCGCCUCCGCUGGAGCUCUGACCCCCGCGCUCUGUAACCCAGGCCAGUGUUCCCACGAUGUUCCCUCUGUAUCCGGACCUGCCGCUGCCUGGCUUGUAGCGUCCACGGCAUGUCAGGAUGAGAGGCGCCGGCCUCCUGCUCCUCUGGAGAUGGGGGGCGCAGGCGGGCCGCGGGCGGCGGCUCUGCACGCGCGCUUCACCGGCCUCACCGCCGUGGAGGCUCCUGUUCUUCGGUUCCGACCAGUUCGCCGUGGAGUCGCUGAAGCUGCUCGCUGCGAGCAGGGCGUCUGGUGAAGGUCUCCUGAAGACCCUGGAGGUGGUGACUCUGGGCGGUGAAGUCCCAGUGAGGAGGUUUGCCACUCAGCACCAGCUGCUGGUCCACAGCUGGCCCCUCGGGGAGACGGAGGGCCGCUUUGACGUUGGGGUGGUGGUCUCGUUCGGCUGCUUGCUCCCCGAGAGACUGAUCCGGACCUUUCCCCAUGGGAUCCUGAACGUCCACCCCAGCCUGCUGCCACGCUGGCGAGGGCCCGCGCCCGUCUUCCACACCGUCCUGCACGGGGACCGGGUGACGGGCGUCAGCGUCAUGCAGAUCCGGCCCCACAAGUUUGAUGUGGGCCCCAUCCUGAGCCAGGAGCUGCACCAGGUGCCCGACAGGUGCAGCGCGGAGCAACUGGGAGCUGCUCUGGCCACCAAGGGAGCUCAUCUGCUGCUGGACACCUUGAGGAAUCUCCCGGAGAGAAUGGCGAGCAAGCAGGAGCAGAGCAGAAGCGGCGCCACCUUUGCUCCAAAGAUCCACUCCUCCAUGAGCUGGGUGUCGUGGGAGGAGCAGACCUGUGACCAGAUCGAUCGACUCUAUCGAGCCAUCGGCUGCAGGAUUCACCUGAGAACCAUGUGGGAGGGGAGGAGCCUGAAGCUGCUGGACUUUGUAGGGAGGUGCCACAUUGCUCUCGCAGAUGAGAGACGGAGACCGGCGCCGGGCUCCGUGACCUUCCUGAAGGAGUCCAACACGCUGGCUGUCUGGUGCAAGGACGGCUGUGUUGGGUUUAAGGCGGUUCUUCUGAAGAAGCGUCUGACCGCGGCGGACUUCUACAACGGCUACCUGCACCAGACCCUGCUGACCACGGGGGCCGUGUUUGUCAGUGCCAGACCGGCAAACGUACCCAGCAACUCGGCGGCGCAGAGCCAGACGAACAGCAGCUGAUGGGGUCGGAGGUCAAGCUGAUGAGUCGGGCUGGUCUUCACCCUGAACUCUGCGACACCCGCAGACUCCAUGAUGGUGCUCCACCUGACCUGACUCGCCAUGACUAUGUUGGACUGAAACAGGAAGUGGACUGCCACAUCAGAACACACUGACAAACUGCCUUUUCUGUACAUGUAAUAAUGUCAAAGAAAUCCACCUUUAUAAUCUUGCUUUGAUCGUAUGAAAUAAACAGUGGUUUAUUUAUGGGUGUGAUGAAGCCUUGUGGUCACUGAACGGCACCAGAGCCCCACGUCUUCCCUGAUUUUGCUCUGCAGAGUUUCCUGUCUCACGGAAGCUGUGCGAGAGGUUAUGUUUCGCCGCUCUACAAUCCUGUCGCGUGCGCUCUGUUCUGGUGACGGAGGCCUCGGGUUCCUGUGUGUGAGGGGGAUCUCGGGAGUGCAGGGGUCAGUGAGUCAUUUGUCUGACGGAAACUCCCGCAGGGGACAGAAGGGCCAGACACUGUUGGCCUUUGUCCGCUUCCUAGUCAGUUCCAAAACAUGAUAGAAGUCAUGAAAGUGGAGGUACAUUUUAAAACAGAAACCAGCGAAACUGCUUUUAUCCCGUGUCCUGAUGUGUCUGACCACAGAAUCAUUUCCUUAUAUUUGUUUUUAUCGAUGUAAUCUGGUGGCUUUUGAUGCAUUGGAAUGAUCCUUUGUACCACGUCGAAUGGGACACCAGGGGGCAGUAAUGUACCUGCACCUGCCCGUGUUGUGCGAGCGAAGAAGUGAGAGACGAAUCUUUCAAGUGGUUCGUGGAUCAGAACCAAGUUGAUCGGCAAAACAGUGGAGCUGCAGUUCAGGCAACUGAAUAAAUAAAUAAUAAUACACGCGUUUAAACAACAUUAUUAAUAAUAAUAAUAAUAAUAAUAAUAAUGAGCGAAGCUGCAUGAAGCACUUUCUCCAAUCAAAUAAAAAGGAUUGAUAUGUGAAAUAAGAGGACAGAAAUUUUGACAAAUGAAUAAUGAAUUCCCUCCUGAUAAAUAAUCCAGGUGCUGGAUUUAAAUUACAGGUGGGCAGACCAGCGCCUCCUUGUCGCCAUGGUGACCACACAGCAGUGGAGGGAGUCACGCGCCCUCGCACUGACGCUCCGCCACUCAGGACUUCAUCAUUCAGGUUUAUUGAAUGUGAAACCUACUUAAACAACGACCUGUAAUUCAUAUUACAAUUGUCAGUAAAUUAAUAAUCAAACUUUCGUUGAACUGAAAAUCGCGAUGUGCAUCGCAUCAGGUUGGAUUCCACUUGUGUCAUGUGACCUGUUCAACACGCAGUUUUGUUUCAAAACCUCUUGAUGCCAACGCACUUGAGUUCAAUGACACUUCUGUCGUUAAUAAAUACCAUCUCUUAGAAUGGUGAGAAACACCGUGACUGAUUUUUCAUUUCAGGUUUUCAGACCUCAAAGGCCUGAGACAAGGCUGCCGGGUCAUAAUGUUAUGGCCGUCACCCCUGCAUUUGGAUUGGACUCAUCACCUGUUGAUCACGGCAUGUGGCCGGGUGACGAUGACAUGGAUCCAUCCUUCUGGCUGGGCUCCACAGAGCUGAAGAUGAUGAUGAAGAUGGUGAAACGGAGACAUAUGAAAGCGAGCUUUAUUCUUCAUGAGCACGAGGCUGAUGCCAGAGGAAACAGUACCAGGAGCAGUAGCAACAGAGAGACAAGGCUGGAUGAGAGUACAGGUCACAGAAGAAGACUUCCUCUUUACUAACUUCAUUUCCUGUGAGGAGAAACGUGGCGGUGAUACACGGCGAGGAAGGGCGGCAGGCUCACGUCAUCCGAAUCUUCCUGGUGCGAAGAGGAGAGCGCAGGCAGGGAGGAGGUGAUGUGUCCCAGAAUAGAGGCGGCUGGAGUGAAAGGGACCUGCCGUGAUGGAAGGUUGAGAGACUGUCGUGUCAGAGGGACAGCUGGUGUGGAGGAGUCUGGAGGCCGAGU